AUGGCGUCGCUAUGGAAGCUCAGCACUCUGGCGCUGUGCGUUACAACGGUUCUAUCGCAAGAUGUGCCUGAGCUCGAGACUGUCACUACUCUCACUGGCAGCGACACAACGCUGCAGUCUACUAUCAACCUGGAGUUGUCUACGUCAACCGAUGCAUUGGUUGACUCUACAACUACCGGACCACCUGAGGUAGUUGUUGAGCCUCAUACUACUUCCAGAGGUCUUGUCUUUUAUCCGGACACCACCACCGACAGGGGCGCUGUUGUAAUUGACACUACAACUGGGGCACCUGUGGCUGUAGGUGAUACCACCACAGGUCCAGUCAUCCCAGUUCCAGACACAAUGACUGAUAGUAUUGUUCCUGGGCCUGAGACCACUGAUACUGGCUCACCUCAAAUUCCCAAUGAUACUACUACAGUACCUGUCCCUGACUCUCAAGGUCCCACCACUGAGGAAGCAACUGUUGGGCCUGAUACCACCACGGGACCUAUCGUUGCUGGACCAGAUACCACUACGGAUACAGGCCUUCCUCAAGUACCAAUUGAUACCACAGUGGCUAGCUCUGGGCACACCACCACUCAAGCGGUAGAUGUUGGACCCGAGACUACCACAGCGUCAGUACCAGUACCUGACACCCCAAACACCACAACCGAAGGGGAGUUGACUGACGUGGUACCUACCACUGGUCCUGCCACUGAGAUUACUCAGAAUUUGGACACUCAGCCACCAGUAGACGCAACCUCUCAGACUGGUGCAGUUGACGUCUCAACCGAUGCGGCGCCUGCUCCUGAAACCACCACUCAGGCCAACGAGCAGACUAAUGGGUCUAUCACUACCACAGAUAUCGUGGAGCCUCCCAAGGACACUGAGAGUUUGCCACCUCCAGUUGAAACUACGGAGUCUCAACCCGCAGCUGCUGAGCCCACCACUGAGGUUGAUCCCCCUAAGCCCACGGAAACUGAAAACAAGCCUGGAGAUGAGAACCCAGGCCAGACUGAAGAGCCUCCUAAGCAAACCGACUCAGCACCACCAGCAACCACGGUUCCUGGAGCUGCGCUUGUCACUGGAGCUGAUGGUAGCACAGCAACUUAUGCUGCUAAGCAGAACCCUGACUACACUUCUUUCACAGGCACCACAACCACCACAGAUGAUGAUGGUAACGUCAUUGUUAUCUUCCCCUUUGGCUGGUUCUGGAACUUGAUUGGAGGCGGUGGCGGCGGCGGCGGUGGUGGUGGUGGUGGCACUACACCUCCUCCUCCUACUGGUAACCCCGACCCUGACAACAAGGAAGAGGAUGACAAGGAGUCAACUAAGAAGGAAGAGGAGGAAUCUACCAAAGAGACUACCGCCAAGCCUACCACUGAAGCAACCACCACAACUGAAGGCUGCAGUGUUCAGACUCAGCCUGAUUGCACAAGGACCAUCUCCUACAUGACUUCUGACGGAACACAAAUUGCUACCGUGUUUGGAGACUGCCCAACCAUCGUUAGCUGUGCCACUGAGACCCAAGCCACCGCAACAGUCACCAUCUCACCUGACUCGGAUUUUGUCUGGGUUGGAGAUCUUCCUGAAGAUGAAGGUGAAAUCCCAGAGGACUAUACCACUGCACCCGUCGACGACGAGAUCCAAGCCGAGCUGGAGGCUGAAUGGGAAAAGGUUCUUGGAGAUGAGGCUGCCACUGGAACUGAGACUACGGCGGAGAGCACUACCGCUCCUGUCGAUACAACAUCGACUGACGUCCAGACAACGGAGGUCAAGACAACGGAGGAGAGAACUACUGAACACACUACUAGCGAGGAUCAGACAACUGAGACUACUACAAGGGGAUCUGAUACUACCCUGCCUACAUCAACACCAAGCACACUCUUGACAACCACAAGGGCUUCAUCUGAUACAGCCACAACUGAUAUCAGUACAUCUGAUGUCGCUACCACUACGAAAGAAGUCCGCACUUACUACCCAUGCAACUACUUCGGCGGACCUCGUGUCGCAGAUCCCUACUGCCAAUGUGUUACAACAGUUGAUGGCAAACAGUAUGUCGCUACAGCACCUCUCAUUGACAAGGAGUGCGCGGCCUAUACAGCGUAUCCCUCCAAGGUUGUUCCUGUGACUGAGGCCCCAAAGCCCCAAGAACCUAUCCAAACACCUUUCACUACUACCAACGACGGCACAGUCUUGGUGUACUCGGCCUACACAACCUCUACUAUGAAGGGGUUUGGCACCACUGCUACAGCCACGAUCGGAUAUGGCGAUCCCUCGACAGUUUCAACACCUCUACCUACCCAGACGGCUGUCGACAACGACGGUAGUGGGCAGUGUGGUACAUCCGAUAAACUGUCAAAGGAUGGUUUAGGUGACGCUUGUGAUCGGGCCAUCAACGACUUCGAUGCUGAUACUAUCUACACCGGCUACACAACCCGCUACAGCCGAUCCAAGAAGGGUAUUCUAAUGGCAGCGUCUUUUGGGCAAGCUGCGUGUAUUGCCAAGUUCGAGUGUGAUGAUUAUGGAAUUGGUAUGAAGGGCAGUGAUAUCAUUGCAGCUCGAGAGAACGCUAAGGAGAACGAUGUGUUGUGA